CUUGAGACUUGGCUCCAAAGAUGUUCGUUUCAUAGGAAUCUAUGGAAUGACUGGAAUAGGAAAGACAACAAUUGUCAAGGUAAUUAAGAAUAGAAUUCUUUCGGAAUUUGAUGGUAACUGCUUGCUUGAAGACGUGCAGCUAGGAUCAAAACAUGGUGGACUGGUUGGGUUACAAAAGAAACUCCUAUGUGACAUCUUAAGAGUCCGAACCUUGCAUCUAAGUGAUAUUGAUGAUGGAAUUGAUAAGAUUAGACGUAGACUAAGGAACAAAAAGGUUCUUAUCAUCCUCGACAAUGUCGACAAUUUCAGACAACUCGAUGCUCUUGCUAAAGAGAGAAGUUGGUUUGGCAAUGGUAGUAGAAUCAUAGUAAUAUGUAGAGAUGAACAUUUGCUAAACGCCCAUGGAAUGGAUGCCAAGUAUGAGGUCCCGAGUUUAAACUUUCAUUAUGCUAGGCGGCUCUUUUCUUGGUAUGCCUUCAGACAACUUAGUCCACUGAAUGAUUAUGCAGACUGUUUUCAUGAGAUCGUGAGAUAUGGUGGAGGACAUCCAUUAGCUCUUAAAGUUCUGGGUUCUUUCUUAUCUAACAAAUCUCCACCUGAGUGGACUGCCGCAUUGGAGCAACUCAAAAGUACACUCCAUGGAGAGAUGCUGAAAUACCUUGAGACAGCCAUUAACCUUAGAUUAAGGGAGAUACCAUUUAGUACUGAAGCACUUGCAAGGAAGAACAUAGCAAGAGUACCCCAAUUUAGGGCCCUGUGAUUCAGCAGUUAAAAUUCAGCAUGUAACAGAUGACUGUUAUUAGUAGUAGGUGGCAGUUAGCAUAUAGUAUAUGGUAACUAGUGGAUAUUGAAUAAUAAAUAAUAAAAGGUAAGUAAUGAA